UACGAGGCAGACGAGAAGUCACAGAUGACUCAGUGUCUAUCUGAGGAAAGUGAGGAAACCCGGCCUUUCGGUGCGGUAUAAAAACUGGGAUUUCUGCUUUCAAACAUCAGAAACAACACGUCGAUAGGAGAGUCGGAACCAUGUCUUCUCUACAGGCUCUGUUGGGCGACAAGCUGCAGGAAAAGGUCGGGGAGAAGGAGUCGCUAGCGACCGAGUCGCUGGUGGGGGAGGGGCGGUACGUGGGGCUGUACUUCUCGGCGCACUGGUGCCCUCCCUGCCGAGGCUUCACGCCUAAACUCGCCGACUUCUACAGGGAGUUCAAGGCCACCGAGAAGGGCAAGAACUUCGAGAUCAUCUUCGUGUCGUCUGACAGAGAUCAGGCCAGCUUCGAUGAGUAUUACGGGGAGAUGCCGUGGCUAGCACUGCCGUAUCCUGACCGGGACAGAAAGGCCAAGUUGUCUAAAAAGUUCAAGGUGCAGGGUAUCCCCACGUUUGUGAUCCUGGAUGCCUCCACUGGCAAACUCAUCACCAAGGACGGCAGAUUACGCGUUUCAGAGGACCCAAAGGCCGAGUCUUUCCCCUGGCACCCCAAGCCUCUGUCAGAGAUCCUGCAGGGCAAGCUGCUUCGCCGUAAUGGGGAGUCAACCGAGGAGGUGGACGUUUCUACACUCGCUGGGCGGCCUGUUGGGCUGUACUUCUCAGCUCAUUGGUGUCCUCCCUGUCGUAGCUUCACCCCAGUACUGGCAAAGACGUACCAGAAGAUCAAGGAUGAGAACAAGGAUUUUGAGAUCAUCUUCGCCAGCUCAGACCGUGCCGAGGAGUCCUUCAACGAUUACUUCAAAACCAUGCCUUGGCUGGCGUUGCCCUACGAAGACCCCAGAAAAAAGACUCUGUCACAGAUGUAUGGCAUUGCAGGAAUCCCAACACUGAUAAUUGUGGAAAACCUGGAGACAGGCAAGAUCAUUACCAAGGAUGGGAGGGGGGCAGUCGGGGCCGACCCAGACGGAAAGGAGUUCCCCUGGAUCCCCAAGCCUCUGAACAUGCUGGAACAACAGUAUGCAGGAACCCUGAACGAAGAGACAUCAGUCAUUCUUUUCACAGAUGGAAGUGACAAGGGAAUGGAGGAUGCCAAGCAGGCUCUCCAGCCAAUUGCAGAUGCAUCACAUGCCAAGACAGCAGAAAAGGGCGAAGACCCUGACUUGUUCUUCUUCUAUGCAGGAGAGGAUGAAAUUGUGGAUUCUCUUCGAGACUUUGCCAGCCUGGAGGAUCGCGAUCCCCUACUGGUCAUCCUGGACAUCCCUGACCAGAAGAUCUACGUCUGUCCAGAGGAAGAGGUCACCCAGGAAGUGGCCAAAGACUUCGUAGAAAAGUACCAGGCAGGCUCCUUAGAGCCCAAGGCUCUCAGGGGAUAGGUCAGGAGGUCAGGGGUCAGCAGGCACAGGGGUUACAGGUCAAGGGUCACAUGUCAAGGGUCAAUUUUGUACCACUUAAUCACUUUUGUGACAUUUUGUGUUGUAUUACAUUGGUGUAUGCUACAAGUAUAAGAGAAAUGGUUAGCUGAUGGAUCAUGGUGGCUCAGCAUUUGCUUUGCAUCAUCAUAAAGCCUUUAGAUGUCCUUUUAAUAUUUGGUACAUGGAGUAGUGGUAUGGUAUGAAGGGGUUCAAAUAAGCAUUAAAGAUAAACAGCAACUACUAGUCAUUGAUAGAUGUCAAAUACAGUAUCCGGAAUUUCGAAGUCAAUCAUUCCUAUAUACUAGUACUUGCAUGCAAAACAGUGUGUGGUGCCUUAUAUCACAUUGAAAGCUUCAGAAGACAAGAUCAAAUCAUGCAAAAACAAAAAUAGAAUGAAAGUACCAUAUCUGAAGCUUCUUUAAAGAUUUAGAAUGAUAAAGAGCAGUAAGGUUUUAAAGGGUUAGAACUAUGGUUAUAGAAAAGCUAUUUUUUAAACAGUGAGAAUUGAAGAAUGUUGUAUUAUCUACCACCAACACCACUCAUUUUAGAAUCUAUAAAUCAUUAUUUUCUCAAUAAAACAGUCAUGAUACAGAU